AUCUCGGUAUUUGUUGUUGUUCGUCGUUGCCGCCGUCCUGCAAUAUUCAGCGCUGCGUUGUAUGGUUGGUCGUCUUUCGUUAAGUUUGGUCUGGCAUUCGUACAGUAGCGGCUCAUCGACUAGUGUUGAAUAUAUUUCGUUGGGUAACGCUGUUCGAUGUUGUUGUCUACGCUGUCAUUUUCUGACAAAAAAAAGUUAUCAAAUAAAGAAAAAUAAACAAGAAAUUGUGUGUUUCGUGUGGUAAAACUUAUCAAAAAAUAAAUUAACAAAUAAGAAAUGAAUAUUAUUAUCCAAAAAUGAAAUACAUUUGGAAUGCAAACGAAAUGAAAUCUUUAAUUGUAAAUUGACAAUUGGAGAAGAUCACACAUACCCAUAUUGGAACACCUCUUAUUCUCUGAAUCUUAAUGUUGUAAAGGAUAUACAAAACGCAUAUAAAAAGGAAAUACAUACAACGAUACAUCUGCUUUCAUAGCACCCCCACCCAUAAUAUUAUUUCAUCACACCCUCCACAGUACCAUGAAUAAUCAAAUGAAUAGUACUGUACGAAAAAUACACAACCUGCUUUCGAGCGGAGCUGUGACUGUGACCGGACCAAAUCAACCACGGAUUUUAAAACAAAAAAUUGUGGGCUCUGGUGCCGGCGGUGGAACCACGGUGGUAUCCUCAGGCCUUAACAAUAGCCUGCAACAGCAACAAAUUGCUACGUCCAGCAAUCGCUGCUAUGUUUGCGAUGAUGCUCUGGGUGCCAAUCAGGCACAACAUCCACUGACGGAUAUGCAGACAACGCAUACUUCGACAAAAUUUCCCAAUAAAAUUGGUCAAUUGGUCGGCGAUGCAUUUAUGGUCAUUGUCAGUGUAGAGGAUGUGGUAUGUUCACGCUGUACGAAUCUUAUCAAUUACUUGGAUCGUCUGGAAAACGAUGUGGAGCGGGUGAAAACAAAUCUAAUGAAUUUAUUGCACAAGAAAUAUGGACUAAAUGAUGACAGUGGUGGUGGGGCUGGGACAACAACGACCAUUGGAGGUGGGACAACUGUCACAGUGGCAAAUAACAUUGCAGCCCAGCAAACACCACCACCCAAUAAAUUGCAGAAAUUAAACAGUGGAGCAGCAGUGAGUGCCGUACAACAAAUGAAAAUCUCCACACCCUCACCAACAUCCAUACAACAGCAUUCGGCCGGCACCCAAACGCUGCAACGCAAAACAACCAAAAUCUACAAGUGCUUGUCGUGCGAAUACAAAACCUCAGAUAUGCGUCUCUUCAACACCCAUUACGAGACAUGCAAGGACCAGAAUUUCCAGUGCAAAAACUGCAAAAAGAUCUUCCCCAAUUUCGGAGCCAUGAAACAGCACAUGGUGCGUGAGCACAACACCCCCAUGGACAAUACCUGUGCCGUGUGUCACAUUAACUUUGUCAGUGAGACGGCUCUGCGUAAGCACAUGGAAAAUACUCACAGUACCAAUGUGGUGGUUACCAGUACAACAACACUGCCAGUGUCACAGGUGGCUGCCGCCCCGGCAGCAGAUUCCAUAACGGCAGGCGUGAAUGCUGCUGGACGUGGUACUACUACCGCUCUAUACACCUGUAAUCACUGUCAAUUCAAGUCAACAGACAAGGUUCUGUUUGAUGAACACAUGCGCAAACACAUGGCUGGCAUAAAGUCCAAGCCGUUCAAGUGCCGCCUCUGUGCUCAACGCUUUGAGACUCGGGAAGCGGCCACCACACAUGCCAAACAACAUCAAGGCAAUGUUUACAAGUGUGGCGCAUGUUCGAUGUCCUUCCCCAAGCGUGACAUGCUGGUGAAACAUUUCGAAGAGCAUCAACAUCAGCAGCAGCACCAACAACAACAGGUUCAAGUGCAGCAGCAACAACAACAACAGAUGAUUAGCAUAAAACAACAGCCGGCGACCCAGUCACAGAAUUUGUUGACCACCCAGAAACUGUUACAGGAGACCAUUGAUGAAGCGCUGAGUGACAGUACCACUCCAGUCACCACGGCAGCCAGCGAUGUUGUCGCCAAUGCUGCAAACAAUAUACGCUUCUUCUCGUGCCACAUAUGCUCGCUGACAUUCAUUCAAGAGAACUAUUAUAACCAGCAUAUGGAAACGCACAGGCGUGGUGACUCCUCGGGUGGUGGCGGCAGCCAUAAAAAGUCCUCCUCAUCAGCUGGUGGUGGUGGUAAUAAUCUGUCCACCCUUAAUGCUGCUGCUCUUCUCAGUGAGGCCGCCCAGCAGGAACACAAUGAAUUGUCACAUCAUGGCCAAGAUUUGAAUGUUCACCAUCAACAGCAACAAAUUUCCUCCAUGACGGGUGGUGCAGGAAGUGCCACCAUUUCAGAGACAGACAUUGAAAGCAUAUUCGAGAAAAUGCAUUCGGACAAGGGAGACAAUGGAGGUAAUGUUACCACCACCGCCUCGGGAUCAGGCUCUGGGGAUCAAGUGGUGAUUACCUCUCAGGCUGGCAGUGAAGGUGGCAUUACCUUUAACAUAACUUUGCCGGGACAAGAAUCGGCAGCUGUUACCACAUCCGUGGAAGAUCAAUUGAAAAAUACCCCUACUACCAGCACAGCACCAGUAUCGGUUAGCAUAGAUAUGCCAAUGUUGGAUCAACCGGAUGAAACGACACAUUCGGCCGGAACACCACCUGGCACAGUGGGCGGUGAUCUGAAAGAUGCAGAAACGGAGAGUAAUAAACCGCCUACGUCCAGCGGACCUGUGAGCAUGCCAAGUUUAGAUGAUGACAAUGAAGAACCUCCAGCAAAUCCUCCAACAACAGCCACAGGAACGACAACAGAGGCAACUGCUGCAAACACUGCGACAAGUGAUGGAAAUGAUGAUUCUACUAAAGAAUCUACAAAACAAACAACCGAAGAAACAACUAAACCUGCCCCGGAAGGUGAUGGAAACAAAAAUGAAACAGAGGCAUCAGUCGUCGCUGCUGCUGCUUCGGAUGAUCAUCCAACAGCAAUUGGUGAUCAGACAGCUACUGAAACCCCAACAACGGUAACAGCAGCGGAGGACUCCCAACAGUCCACAACAGCAGCAGCAUCGGGCACAACUAGUGUGGCAGAUGAUAGUCAUGCCGAGCAACAAGCAACUGAGCCGUCAAGCACACCAGCAACAGAAGAAGGCGGUAAUGCCACAGAACAACAUCAGCAGCAAACGCAUGACCAACAACUCGCCGCAGAAGCCGCCGCUGCAGCCGAAGGAGCUGCUGGUGAACAACAUGUUGCCAUGGAAUUAGAUGAAGCCUCAAUGCAGGCCCAAGUGGAUGGUGGACAAAUUAAAUUCAUCCUAAAUGAAAGUGGUCAAUUGUUACAACUCGAUAAUCAUAUUAUCACUGAUGCUGAUGGCAAUCAGAUCUUGGUGCAGGAUCCAGAACAAAUUCAACAGCUCCUGCAAUCUGUGGGUGUUUUACAAUCUGGUGAAGGUCUCGACGGAGAGACCCUGCAAAUGAUGACUGAUGGCAAUGGACAAAUGGUUUUGGUGCAGGGUGAGAAUAAUGAAACCCAGCUCAUCGAUGCUUCCCUACUCAAUUCCGAGGGUCAAUUGGUUAUUCAGCAAUCGCAGGAUGGUGAGGGUGGAGCUCAUGUCAUUGGCGAGGAUGGUACACGUAUACCGGUCUCUGUAUCCUACACAGAAGAUGGUCAACCCAUUGUGCAGGUGCAGCAACAGGUAUUGGAGGCGGCCAGUGCGGGAAGUGAGGCUGGUAUUGAAAAAGACGCUGCUGAAGCUUCUGAGGCAGCGGGAAAUCCGGACAAAAUAGCUAUAGGAACGGAUUAGGAAUGGCUAAUGUAAAUUAAAUGAAAAGAGAACAGAACAGAAAAUAAUAACGAGCAUAAUUGUUCUAUGCCCGCCCCACCCCAUUUGUUAAAUAUACAAAACAAACACAUGCAUCUCUGAUACGGUAUAUAUCAGUUGAAUAAGUAUAAUAGUAUAUCAGCAGAAUUCAUUAAAUGUUCGUUGGAUUUUGAGCCUUAUUAUGUGUUGGCAUGCCCGCGUUAAGUAUCCAUAACUACUUUUCAAAUGCUUGAGGAUUGAGAUGAAGUUGUGUGUGAUGAGGGCGAUGUCUUGCCUCAAAUUCCAUUGCAAAAGCACACACAGAUACAUAUAUCAAAUAAGAACAACAAAGCAGAGCGUCAAUGAUCACGCUUAUCUAUUAUCUAUUGAGUUAGGGUUUUCGUAGUCAUUUAAGUUGUAAAAUAUGCCUAAAAAUAUCUUAUAUAUUUUUUUUAAAUAAUUUAAACUUUACUUUCAUUUUCUAAUGGCUUUAUGUGCAUUAGUAAGUCUAGUUAAAAAGAAAAAAAAAAAAAGAAGAGACAAACAACAACAAGAAACGUCAGACGGUAAUAUAUGACACUCACAAAGGAAAACAAUCUUUUGGAGCCUCCUUGCAUUAGAAAGCAAGCAAACAUUUUCAUAUUUGGACAAGCUAAAACAACCAACAACAACAACAGCAGUAUGUAAACUUAGGAAUGUAUUUUUUUCAUAUCAAACCCACCACCCACACCAAUCUUUUUCCUUUUUUUGUUUUGUUCUUCCAAGCUUUACAAAAUGAAGAAUUUGUAAAGCUUGGAACAAAUAAAAUAAGUACGAAUAUCAUUUUUCCCUCUUCUCCCCUAUCGUCAUUAGAAGAUACUUAGCAUUAAAGAAACUAAAAAAAAUCACAACUUCUCUUUUAAAGGAAUAGAAUAAAUAAACAAAUGUAAUUUUUAAAAUAAAGUUCUUUACAUUAAAAAACGAAACAACAUAAAA